UUGGGCUAAAACCUUCGUUUCUCUGUUACAAAAAUGGCAGCAGCAGUAUCAGCUGCUUCUGCUACUGGACACCUCUUCUCUACAACAACUGCAACGACGAGCUCAAUUUCUCUUCUAUAUCCAAUUCAGAAUCAUAAAAAACUUUCCUUUUCAUCAUCUUCUUCUUCAAUAAUUCUCCGCUCAUUCUCUUCUCCUUUUCUCCCUCUAUUUCCUCACCCCAACCGCUCUCUCUCCCCUCGCCCUCUCCCUCUCCCUCUCCCUCUCCCUCUCCGAUCUUCUUCUCCCUCAAACGAUGCCGUUUUAGGAGGUGAAGGAGUAGAGGAAUUCGAAGAAGAUUUAGAUGAUGAUGAGGAGUAUGGAGAAGAAGUUUACGAUGACGUUGAUGCUGAAGAAUCUGAUGGUCAGAAUUACACGAUUGAUGUCGACACGCUUGAGCGAGAAGCUAAGGACGCUGUUCGCGAGUUUUCUACCUCUUUGUCUCGCCAGUUAACAAUCGAAGAUGAGAAGGAUGAUCGAAAAGAAUCCGGCAGAAAGCAGAAGAGGCGUCAGAGCACAACUAGAAAUAUCCCUGACCAUCUUCUACCAAGGGUUGCAAUUGUUGGAAGGCCAAAUGUUGGUAAAUCAGCUCUGUUUAACCGUCUUGUUGGGGGUAACAAGGCCAUUGUAGUGGAUGAACCUGGGGUUACUAGGGAUCGCUUGUACGGUAGAUCCUUUUGGGGAGAGCAUGAAUUUAUGGUGGUGGAUACCGGAGGUGUUCUCACUGUUUCAAAAUCACAGGUUAAUGUUAUGGAAGAUUUGGCUAUCACAACAACCAUCGGUAUGGAUGGGAUUCCGCUUGCCACUAGGGAGGCAGCUGUUGCUAGGAUGCCCUCAAUGAUUGAGAGACAAGCUACAGCAGCUGUGGAAGAGUCAUCUGUCAUCAUAUUCCUUGUCGAUGGCCAGGCAGGUCUAACGGCAGCUGAUGUGGAGAUAGCUGACUGGCUACGUAAGCAUUACACGGAUAAGUUUAUCAUUCUUGCUGUGAACAAGUGUGAAUCUCCACGUAAAGGAAUUAUGCAAGUGUCAGAAUUUUGGUCCUUGGGGUUGUCACCAAUUGCCAUUUCUGCUGUAUCUGGGACUGGAACUGGAGAGCUUCUUGAUCUUGUUUGUUCGGGACUGGAAAAAAUUGAGGAUGUAGAAAAUCUCAAUGAAGAUGCAAAUUAUGUUCCUGCAAUUGCAAUUGUUGGCCGGCCAAAUGUUGGCAAAAGUAGCAUUUUGAAUGCUUUGGUUGGAGAGGAUAGAACGAUUGUUAGUCCUAUCAGUGGUACUACACGUGAUGCUAUUGAUACUGAGAUUGCAGGACCUGAUGGCCAGAAGUUCCGGCUUAUUGAUACUGCUGGUAUUAGAAGAAGGGCAGCCAUAGCCUCAUCUGGUAGUACCACAGAGGCUUUGUCAGUGAACCGAGCAUUUCGUGCCAUUCGUCGUUCUGAUGUUGUUGCUCUUGUCAUUGAGGCCUUGGCUUGUAUCACAGAACAGGAUUGCAGGAUUGCUGAAAGGAUUGAAAAAGAAGGAAAGGGUUGUCUGAUUGUUGUAAACAAAUGGGACACCAUACCAAAUAAAAACCAGCAGACUGCAACAUACUAUGAGCAAGAUGUUAGAGAAAAGCUUCGUGCUCUUGAUUGGGCGCCUAUUGUUUAUUCAACUGCAGUAGCUGGUCAUAGUGUUGAUAAAAUCAUUGUUGCUGCCAGCACGGUUGAAAAGGAGAGAUCAAGAAGGCUAAGUACUGCGACAUUAAAUCAAGUGAUACAGGAAGCACUAGCUUUUAAGUCACCUCCUAGGACCCGAGGUGGCAAGCGAGGACGUAUAUAUUACUGCACUCAGGCUGCUAUCAGACCACCAACAUUUGUUUUCUUCGUAAAUGACGCAAAACUAUUCUCCGAGACUUACCGGCGUUACAUGGAAAAGCAACUUCGAAAAGAUGCAGGAUUUUCUGGUACACCAAUUCGACUUCUUUGGCGGAGCAGAAGAAAAAUGGAAAAAAAUGAAGGUAGGGCUGCAUCAAAAACAUGAGCAAAUCUUGCACCACGUGAUGGAAAAUUGACAUUAACAACAUGAUCCUAAACAAGAUUUUAUCGUCCCAAAAUUGAAUUCGACUUUGUGUUAGAAGAGUUUGUAGUUCUUUGAAGGUUCAUGCAAGUUUAGUUGAACAGGUUAAUUAGUUUUGUCAUCUCUUCUUGGUUGGAAAGUUUUAUAGUUUUUAUUUUAUUUUAUUUUAUUUUUUAUUUGUGUAUUAGUGUAUAGUAUGUAGUUGUGACUAUGAAUAUUUCGAGAGCUUGUAAUGUGUAACAUCUAAUGCUGAAAUUA